AUGAGGAUCACACUCCUGAUACACUGGCUUGCAGUGUUUAUGUCCUCCUCUGGACACAUGUGGCCUGAGAACCCCCAGUAUCACAGUCCCCCAGAAGUGGUGAUUCCCUUGAAGUUACCUCGUACUGGAAGAGGCAUGAAACCUCCAGGCAUGCUCUCUUACAGCCUGCAUUUUGGAGGCAAGAGACAUGUUGUCCAUCUGAGGGUCAAGAAGCAUUUGCUGUCUAGACACCUUCCAGUGUUCACCUACACAGACCAGGGUGCUCUCCUUGAAGAAAAGCCUUUUGUUCAAAAUGAUUGCUACUAUCAUGGUUAUGUGGAAGGGGACCUGGAAUCCCUGGUUGCCCUCAGUACCUGUUCUGGUGGAUUUCAAGGAUUGUUACAGAUAAAUAGCAUUGUUUAUGAAAUUGAGCCCAUGGAUUUUUCUCCCAAAUUUGAACAUCUGAUAUAUAAAAUGGAUGAGACCAAAUUCCCAACCACAAAAUCUGACAUUAUGCAAGAGGACACUGUACACCAAUUGGAGUUUCAAGAGACUGAUAAUUAUACUCCGAAGCAAAGUUCUUAUGUGGGCUGGUGGGUCCAUAAGUUCCUUGUUGAAAUGGCAGUGAUUGUGGACCAUACUCUCUACCUUCAUUAUGAAAAGAAUGUCUCAAAGUUGCAGGAUGAUCUAUAUGUUAUUGUAAAUAUAGUGGAUUCCAUUUAUGAGGUAAUGGGUAUUAAGUUGUUAUUACUUGGUAUGGAGGUCUGGACUGAAAAAAACUACUUUGAAGUAGGUGAUAUAAGCAGAUCUCUGAAGCAAUUUUGUGAGUGGAAGUCCAAAAAUUUUGCUCCCCGCGUGUCACAUGAUACUGCACAUCUUUUUACAUAUAAGACAUUAAGAGGAUUAACUGGUUUAGGCUUCGUUGCAGGGCUGUGUAAAUCACACAGAAAUUGUGCAGUUGUUACUUGUGUUAACAAAACCUUGUCCAUUAUUGGAAUUGCAAUGGCUCAUCAUCUAGGUCAUAAUUUGGGGAUGUUUCAUGAUGCUGACGAGUGUAAGUGUGCACAUCCUACAUGUAUAAUGCGCUAUGAUAACCCACCAAUAACUCAAUUUAGCAAUUGUAGUUAUAAUUUCUUUUGGGAAUAUUCUAUACGCCAGGCAAAAUGUUUGAUGUACACUGUGCAUACAAAGGAUGUGUUUACAAUGAAGCGCUGUGGGAAUGGCAUUGUUGAAGAAGAAGAGGAGUGUGACUGUGGAAUUUUAAGGAGUUGUUCAAAAGAUCCCUGUUGUCUGUCAAACUGCACUCUGAGUUUUGGAUCUAUUUGUGCUUUUGGGCUUUGUUGCAAGGACUGCGAAUUUUUACCAUCAGGGAGAGUAUGUAGAAAGAAAGUCAAUGAAUGUGAUCUUCCAGAGUGGUGCAAUGGAACAUCCCAUAUGUGUCCAGAUGAUGUAUAUGUGGAGGACGGAAUUCCUUGUAAUAGCAGUGCCUACUGCUAUGAAAAGAGCUGUCAUAACCGUGAUGAACAGUGUAGGCAGAUCUUUGGCCAAGAGGCAAAGAGUGCAAAUAACAGUUGUUACAAACGAGUAAACACUAAAGGUGACCGUUUUGGUAACUGUGGUUUCAAAGACUUUUCAUAUAUAAAAUGUGAUAGCUCAGAUAGCCUGUGUGGGAGGGUUCAGUGUGAGAAUGUGACAAAAAUUCCCCUUUUGAGUGAUCAUUCUACUGUGCAUUGGACUCGCGUCAAUGGUGCCAUCUGCUGGGGUAUAGACUACCAUUUUGGGAUGACUACACCUGAUAUUGGUGAUGUGAAAGAUGGCACAGAGUGUGGCCCAGAACAUGUCUGCAUCCACAGGAAGUGUGUCCAUUUAUCUCGCUUGGAUAGUAACUGUUCACCUAAGUUUUGUAACAUGAGGGGGAUCUGUAACAAUAAACAUCACUGCCAUUGCAACUAUAUGUGGGACCCUCCCAAUUGCCUAAUAAGAGGCAGUGGAGGUAGUAUCGACAGUGGCCCACCCCCUAAGAGAGAGAAGAUUAAGAAGAUUUACGUGUUAGGAUUUGUGCUUUUUUGGUUGAUUGUUUUAUUAUGUUGUCUUCUUUUGCUUUGUAAGAAGAAAAAAUCUAAGAAAAAAGACCAAAAAGUUCAGGCUGAAGUUAAAAAAGCAGAAAAUGUCAAGACACAACAACCAAAAGAAAACCAAAAUGUUCCUACUCAACAAGGAAAACAUUUUCAAAACGUUCCAGUUCAACCUGCAAAAGAAGGUCAAAAAUUGCAACAUCAGUCUAGUGUGUCAAUUUCUCAGAGUCAACCUGGGAAACAAAAUCAGUCAAUACAAAAAGGUGUAUCUAAAUAG